AUGUUAGCUCAGUUAGGGGUACGUUUUUUAUAUAAUGAUGAUGAACUUAAUAAAUUACCUUCAAAAAAAAAGUAUGCUAGUUUCAAUAAUCGUGAUGUGGGCUGUAGCCAUUCAUAUUUUUACGAAUAUGUAAAAUCUGGACUAAAUCAAGAGAAAUGGCAGAGGGAUGUUUCUGAGGAAAUACUUAAUGCCUUAUGUUUUAUAUAUAAUAAAAAGGAAAAGGAAGACUUUAAUAGUGAUGAUUGUGAUUACCUAUACUAUUGGUUAAAUGAAUUAAUAUAUACUAAUAUAACAUAUCAUUUACAUUAUAUACCUGUUAUAAAAGUACUUGAGUUUUUACUAAAGAGUAGUGAUGGUCGGGAUAUAUGUAAGUAUGAUGAAUAUUAUAUGAAUAUCGAAAAUUAUAGGGAUAUUAAGAAAUUAUUUGA